CGGUCCCCGCCCCGGCCUCCCCGAGCGGCCGGCAGCAUGGCGGCGCCGGCGGGCGGACUGGAGGACGCGGAGCUGCGGGAGGCGCAGCGCGACUACCUCGAUUUCUUGGACGAUGAGGAAGACCAAGGGAUUUACCACAGCAAAGUCCGGGACAUGAUCAGUGACAACCAGUAUCGCCUUCUCGUCAGCAUCAAUGACCUGCGGCGGAAGAACGAGAAGAGGGCCAACCGGCUCUUGAGCAACGCCUUUGAGGAGCUGAUCGCCUUCCAGCGUGCCCUGAAGGAUUUUGUCGCCUCCGUCGAUGCCACCUAUGCCAAGCAGUACGAGGACUUCUACAUCGGGCUGGAGGGCAGCUUCGGCUCCAAGCACGUGUCACCGCGGACGCUGACGGCCUGUUUCCUCAGCUGCAUUGUCUGCGUGGAGGGCAUCGUGACGAAAUGCUCUCUGGUUCGUCCGAAGAUCGUCCGGAGCGUCCAUUAUUGCCCAGCUACUAAGAAGACUAUUGAGCGCCGAUACACAGACAUGACCUCCCUGGAUGCUUUCCCAUCCAGCUCCGUCUACCCUACGAAGGAUGAAGAGAAUAACCCCCUGGAGACAGAGUUUGGCCUCUCGGUCUACAAGGACCAUCAGACCAUCACCAUUCAGGAGAUGCCCGAGAAGGCACCAGCAGGGCAGCUGCCACGCUCAGUGGAUGUCAUUCUGGAUGACGACCUGGUGGACAAGGUGAAGCCUGGGGACCGCAUCCAGGUGGUGGGGACGUACCGCUGCCUGCCAGGAAAGAAAGGGGGUUACACCUCAGGGACUUUCAGGACUAUCCUCAUUGCCUGCCAUGUGAAGCAGAUGAGCAAAGACGUCCGGCCUCUCUACUCUGCUGCUGACGUGGCCAAGAUCAAGAGAUUCAGCAAGAGUCGCUCCAAGGAUAUCUUUGACCAGCUGGCGAGAUCCCUUGCUCCCAGCAUCCAUGGGCACGAGUACAUCAAGAAGGCCCUUCUCUGCAUGCUGCUCGGAGGGGUGGAGAAGGUCCUGGAGAAUGGGAGCCGCAUCCGAGGAGACAUCAACAUCUUGCUGAUAGGAGACCCUUCCGUCGCCAAGUCUCAGCUGCUGCGGUACGUGCUCAGCACCGCACCCCGUGCCAUCCCCACCACUGGCAGAGGCUCCUCCGGCGUUGGCCUGACUGCCGCCGUCACCACGGACCAAGAAACCGGUGAACGGCGCCUGGAAGCAGGGGCCAUGGUUUUGGCUGACCGGGGGGUGGUGUGCAUUGACGAGUUCGACAAGAUGUCCGACAUUGACCGUACGGCCAUCCACGAGGUGAUGGAGCAGGGCCGUGUCACCAUCGCCAAGGCUGGCAUCCACGCCCGCCUCAACUCCCGCUGCAGUGUCCUGGCGGCGGCCAACCCCGUCUACGGCCGGUACGACCAGUACAAGACACCCAUGGAGAACAUCGGCCUGCAGGACUCCUUGCUCUCCCGCUUUGACCUGCUCUUCAUCGUGCUGGACCAGAUGGACCCUGAGCAGGACAGGGAGAUCUCGGACCACGUCCUGCGGAUGCACCGCUACCGCAACCCCAACGAGCAGGACGGGGAUGCCAUGCCCCUGGGCAGCGCCGUGGAGAUCCUGGCUACGGAGGACCCCAACUUUGUGCAGGAGGAGGAACAGGAGCUCCAAGUGUAUGAGAAACACGAUGACCUCCUGCACGGGCCCAACCGCCGCAAGGAGAAGAUCGUCAGCAUGGAGUUCAUGAGGAAGUACAUCCACGUAGCAAAGAUGAUUAAGCCCGUCUUGACGCAGGAGUCAGCGAGCUACAUAGCGGAGGAGUACUCCCGCCUGCGAAGCCAGAGCCAGAUGAACUCGGACAUUGCCAGGACCUCCCCCGUCACGGCCCGUACCCUGGAGACCCUGAUCCGCCUCUCCACGGCCCACGCCAAGGCCAGGAUGAACAAGACAGUCGAUCUGCAGGACGCCGAGGCGGCUUUGGAGCUGGUGCAGUUCGCCUACUUCAAAAAGGUGCUGGAGAAGGAGAAGAAGCGCAGAAAGCAGGCGGAGGACGACUCUGAGACUGAGAAGGAGGAGGAUGAGGAGUCACAGCCCAAGGAGGAGCGUAGGACGAGGAGGAGAAAGAAGGCACGCACAGGAGGUGAGGGGGACUCCUACGACCCGUAUGACUUCAGCGACGCAGAGGAGGAGAUGCCGGAGGUCCAGGCACACACUCCCAAGACACCCGAAGCCUCGUCUGCUGCCGAAGCGAAGAAGCCAGAGUUGUCUGAGCCGAGGUUGAAAGCAUUCAAGGCUGCCCUCCUGGAGGUCUUCAAAACUUCCCAUGCCCAGUCUGUGGGUCUGAAGAAUGUGAUGGAGUCCAUCAACCGUGACAACCCUGAGCCCUUCUCACUGGCUGAAGUGAAGGUGGCGCUGGCCCACAUGCAAGAUGACAACCAGAUCAUGGUGUCCGAUGACAUUAUCUUCUUAAUCUGAGCCUCUGGGUGGAAGAGCCCAAGUUCUUAUGGACUGUCAGUCUGGAGACUCUGUGUUUGCCUUCAACUCUCUCCUGAACGCUUCAUCUGGCUGAGCUGAACUUUGGGGAGCUCAAGUCUGUGCACUUUACAGUCCUUCUUUGUUGUGCAUUACUGGCACCAAAAAAAGCCGGGAGCUCUGGAAGCUGUCUUACUUUUGCUGUCUUCAAGCUGGAGUAUUCGGGAAGAGGUUUGUUUCUGCAAGGAGCCGAAAGGAAAAACUUAGGUGCAAAUUAUCAAUGUUCUUAAUGUAUUGUUUUUAGCUUUUGUGGUAAUAGUUCCAGCCUUUGAAUAAAAAAAUCUGGAUUUAGGAAUCCAGCAUUCAAUAACAGUGGUGGAAGGAGCAAUAUGAGAGCUCCACUAUUAGUAGUGAAGCUUUUAUUUUUCCCCUUUUUUUUUUUCCUUUUUCCCCAAUUACACAGCCUAGAUCUGCUUGUCUCACAAGUAAAGAUGCCUCAUGCCUGUCCUGUUGGCUGUGAACAGCCUCUUCCCCCACUGAUUUCCUACCCAUCUUGCAGAGGAUGAUUUCUGGUGAUGCAGGGGCAAGUCUAGUCUGACCUGCUCCAUCGCCCAUGGGGCAGCUUGGUUUCUAGAUUUCAAAGCCCUGCUGGGAUUUUUGGCCCCAAGCACGUGGGAAGGACUGGGAUGCUCAGAGAUGCCUGGGGGACGUGUCCCUGCACAUGGGGUUUGGUCUCCAGCUGCUCCUGCCUUCUCCAGUCUGGGACUGCACUUGUAUGAAUAUAACGGGAUCACCACAAAUGGGAGGAAACCUUCUGUAGCAAAGAAAGGUCAAAGGAACGGGGACCUGGGAUCCUGCAUCCCUUGUGUGUCCUGCUGGCUGAGCUGCCGCAGAUCUUCCUGCGUUCUGUGGAAGGUAACCACAAGCUACUGAGAUCAUAAAAGCUUUCCCUUGCUCUUGGGGGAUUUGCUGAACUGUCUUGCUUUCUAGGAACACAUAGGUGACCACUUCUUGGAGAAAGGCUCUUCCUAGAAACCAGCAAGCUCCAAUGGUUUGGGAUGGUUUUCAAGAAAAGCUGAAUGUGCAGUCAGACCAAUCUCAGCUGCUCAUGAUGCCAGAGCUGCUGAAGGUUAGGGAUUUUUUUU